GUACAAUAAAUAUGUACUCCAUGGAAACUAAAGCAAUCAAUUCAGUCACAGAGGCAGUGAUGAGGGACUGCCUUAUCCAAAAGAUUAUACCUGCAAUUAAGGCCAAAUGGCCUGUUGGGGCAAGUAAAGACAUCUACAUUCAGCAAGAUAAUGCAACCCCACACAUAACUGCCAUGGAUGCAGAUUUUCAGGUUGUUGCCAAUUCAGAUGGAUUUAAAAUCCAUCUGAUUUGUCAACCACCUAAUUCCCCUGACACAAACAUCUUAGACUUGGGAUUUUUAGGGCAAUUCAGUCACUGCAGCAUGAGAAACCAUGCAAGACUGUGGAUGAACUAGUGGGGAAUGUGUGUAGCUCAUUUACAGAGCUGUCACCACAAACUCUCAACAAAGUUUUCCUAAGCUUGCAGGCUUGCCUCACUGAAAUCCUACAGUGCAGAGGUGGAAAUGGAUACAAAGUCCCACACAUCAACAAGGACAGGCUACAAAGAAAUGGGGGGCUGCCCAAUGUGCUGGAGGUGGAGGAGGAUGUUGUGAGAGAUGUGCUUCAGUACUUACAACUGCCAGAGAACAAUGUUCGGUCAGUGUAUGAUAUUGGCCCUUUGUCAAAUGCAUUUGGCUUCUAGGUCAGCCAAAGUCAUGUGUAUGGGAUAGGGUAGUCUGAUUUUUUGGUGUGUAGGUCAGCCCCUAUGGUUUUUGGGUUAGGGUCUGCAUUUUUUUUGGUUUUUUGGUACACAUACAUAGUGCAAACCUAAUGUAAUGCACAUAAGCAG